GCCACGCCCCAUCUGACCAAUGGAGAGGCAGGGUUCAGGAGAAUGGUUACCAUGGAAAUGCUGAGUGCUAGCGGUAAACGAUCGGGAAGCUGUGACCCAAAGACUGUGCAAGGAACGGCAGCUUGUAAGACAAAAUGAGCGGAGAGGAAGAAUUGAUUCCUGAUGUAUCUGAUGAAGAGGAAGUCAUCACAGCUGUUGCUCCAACUAUAGAUAUUCAAGAGGAGCAAACAGUGGAUGUGACUACCAGUCCAGCUUUUCAGUGCUUAGAUGAAUUAUUUUCUGCUGGAAAAAUGGCUGGAACACAAAUUGGCUAUUUGAAAUCCAAAUAUAUGUCAUUGCAUGAGGCUUUAAAAAGGACACAGGAAUCUGAGAUCAAGUUAUUGAAGGAUAUUAAGUUUUUCACUGUUGAAUUAGAGCACCAAAGGCAGGAGCUAGAAAAAGGUGAACAGUUUCCUGAGAGCUACAAUACAGAUGUCAGCAAGCUAAGACAGCAGCUGCUUCAUUUUCAGAAUGACCUCAACCAGACAGAAGAGCGCAUUGCUCAACAGAAGAACAGAACCAUUUAUUUAGAAGAAGAAUUGGCGAUGUAUAAAAAAGACUUCGAGAGACUACCAAAAGCUGCAGAUUUUGAAAAGAAGACUAAAGUACUAAAAGAGAAUUGCAUUGAAUUAAAGCAUGACAUUAAACAGAGGAAACGGGAAAUAAAAUUGUCCAAGGAAGAACUGGAAACCAAACUUGAAGAUGUGAAAAAUGCACAAAAGGAAUUGGAAAAGAAAACAGAGAGUGAAGCCAAUCUGAAGCUUGAUGUUGUACAACUGCAUACCAUUCCUAGCCAACUGGCCAAAGAUAUACAGAAACUCAACCGCAAACGCAACAAUUGGGAGAAGAGAAAAGUUGAACUAGAUGAGCAACACAAGGAACUUCUCAAUUCUGUGCAACAAAUUGAGCACAAAUGCAGAAUAAUAGAAGCUGAAAAAUUGGAAGUUAUGAAAGAAUUAGAUAAAAAAAGAGUUUUACUGGACAGUAAAGAGCAAGACUGCAACCAAUUGAUUAAGCUGAUUGAAUUGGGUAAAGAGAAUGAAUCAGCAUUAAUGGGAGAAAGGGCUUCCUUGGACUUGCAGUUACGUUACAUCCAAACUGAAAAGAAACUAAUGUCUGACACAGUAGCAUUGAAACAAAGAGAGAAGGAACAAGAGCUACGAAAGAUAAAGAAAAAAGAACUACAGUUAAAGAUAGCAAUUGAUUCACUUUCAUAUGUUGAAUUUAUCAAUGAAAAGGCCAAAUCACAGAUGGAUUCUAUCUCUCAUGGUGGAUCACUGUUCGAAAGAAGAACUGAGCUGGAAAAUGAAGUUAAAAGUCUCAAAAGAAAAUUAGCUGACCAGCUUUCUUUGACUGAAAUGGAGGCUCAUCUGUUGCAUAAGCGAUUGGUUGAAGAAGAUAAUCUUGUUGCAGAACAAAGACAUGCCCGUGAAGAAGUUGUAAAUCUAACUCGCCUUGCUCAGAUCAGAUCUGAUGAGAGGGAUUCAAAAGCAAGGGAUCUAGUAAAUAUUCAGCACAAACGUGAUCGAACUAUAGAAGAGUUGAAAGCAGAGAAACUGAGUUUACAUGAUUCCAAAAAGAAGCAUAAGCAACUGCUGAUUAGCUUAAAGAACUUUGUUAAAAUAUAUCAGAUCAUCAAAAAUGAGAGAAACAAGUAUGUUAAUCUCAUUCAAAGUGCAGCACAGGUAUCUGCAGAAAUGCGAGAAAAGAUCAAGAUUCUACAGAAUGAAACAGAAAUUCUUAGGACUAGUACACUGCUCAAAGACAGUCAACUGCAAAAAUAUAAGCUAAAAUAUUCAAACAGCUAUGUCAUUCGGGACAGCCUGAGAAGGGCAAUUUGCAAAAUAGACCAAGUACUUCGAGAAAUGGGAGAAAAGAGAGAGGGUCAGAAAAUAAAACUUGCCAAGCUGAGUAGUUUGAUUAACCAGACUGAAGAGGAAAUGAUAAAGCUACGAAAAAGAUACGAAUCUGUUGUUCGGAAUCGUAAUGAGAGGGGAAUACAGUUGAUUGAACGGGAGGAAGAGGUUUGUGUUUUCUAUGAGAAGUUAAGCAUUCAGGAUUCCUUGAUUGGUAAUGGCGAUAAGGAAUUACAUAGUAUUGAGGAGGAAAUACAAUUUUUGAAAAUUCAACUGGCAGAAGAAACAAGGAAGAUUCAAAAAUUUCGCAGAGAUGUACCAUGUAAACAGGAAGUGGAGGAAAACUUGGCUGCAUUACAUAAAGAGCUUAUUCAGUGUCAAAACAAAGUCCAAAGUCUUGAGAAGAUUUUAGUGGAUCCUUCAAAUGCCAACAGAGCGCGGUUAUUGGGAGGAGAUGAUCCAUCAUUUGAUGAAAUAUACACAAGAGUAAAUGAGAUGGAGUUGAAACUGGCAGAAAAGGAGGAGCAACUAUUGGAGAAAGAUCUAAUCCUUGAGCAAGUGACCCGCCUUACUGAACAAAUUAGUGUCAAAGCAAUGAAUGGCAAAGAGGACACACUCACCUUAGCUAAGAAGAUGAAUGAAAUCCAAGGGAAGAUUAAGAACGUUACACGUAAGAUGAUGGCUGUGGUCUCAGAGCUGUCCAUGCAACAAGCCGAUACCAUACAACUCCAACAGAAUGUCAAGGAUAAGCAGCAGUUCUUGGAGUCAUGCCACCUACGAAUGGAGCAGGGUUUGGCACCCAGUGAGGAGUUUGAAAACGAGUGGCUGAAAAUACUGAACAGAGAAAACAGACACAAACUGGAGAUAAUGAUGAAAUCCAAGGAAACUGAAGAGGAGGAGAGACACAUAUUGCCGAAUGGAGUCUACACAACAUCUGAGCCUAGGCCAAAUGCAUAUAUCCCGGACUGUGACUCUGAACUUCCUCUUCCACGUCCUUAUGGGAAAAUGGUUCCUUUUAAACCCAGUGAACCCAGUGCACACAUGCGACAUUACAGAAAACCAGUAAUUAAACCAAUUGAAAUAUGAUGU